AUGGGUCUGUUGGAUGACGUUAAGGAUUUUGCUAGCAAGCACAAGAGCGAGAAGGAUGGCGACGUAAUCGACCAAGCCGAGAAGUACAUUGGUGAGGAAAGACUUGGCCAAAUCAAGAAGAAGGUUGGUGAAGAGAACUUCGACAAGUACGAGCACCAAGCCAAGGACUUCUUGGACGGUAAGAAGGAGGACGACAAGAAGGAGGAGGAGAAGAAGGAAUAG